UCCGGGAUAACGCUGGUUUUCUCAGAGGAGACCUUACUUUAGGUCUUGUUUGGAGGCGACAAAAAAAGGUGCUAAUGUUGGACAUCGUGAGCGUGAUUGGCGGUUUCGGCAUCUACCACGUAGUCGUCAUCGCUCUUGCCGUGACCCGGGCGUUCCCUACAGCAUGGACGAACAUGCUGACGCCGCUCAUCGCCCCAGACAUCGACCACUGGUGCGCCCGGCCUGCGGGAUUCCUCAACCUAAGUGUGGAGCACUGGAAAGAGAUGGCUAUACCCAAACUCCAAGGUGAUUCCUACGCCAAGUGUGAGAUGUUUUCAGUGUCGUUCGUCAAUGAUUCGUGGUUUGUGGACAAGGAUGUCACGGUACCGUGCGGUAGGUGGGAGUACAACACGUCCACGCACAAGAACACUAUUGUAGAACAGUGGGACCUCGUCUGCAAGAAUGAUUGGCACCGUUCGGCAAUGCAGAGUAUCGUCAUGGCCGGGUCUCUCGUUGGAGGACUUCUUUUCGGGGAUCUCUCGGAUCGUUUCGGUCGGAGACGAGUCUUCUUCACCUGUGCUACAAUCGUGUUUGUCUUUGGAUCUGUGGCUGCAUUCUCUCCCGGAAUCGGAUGGUUCAACGCUGCUCGUUCCUUCCUCGCAAUGGGCAUUGCGGGAUGCCAGGCCACGGCCGUGUCACUGUUAAUGGAAAUCAUGCCACCUGGGUACCGUAUGAUGAUGAACGUCGGCUUCGGAAUCGGCUACACCAUUCCACUGCUCCUUCUGCCCCUGUUGGCAUACACUCUGGACAGCUGGAACUACCUCCAGCUUGGAGCGGGGCUGUUCGCGCUCUUGCUUUUGCCCUAUUGGUUCAUUAUUCAGGAAUCGCCCCGUUGGCUGAUGACUAAGGGUCGCCUCGAGGAAGCCGAGGCAGCACUCGUCCGCAUCUUGAGGAUCAACCGGAAACCUGUGCCUGCAAUGGAGCAAAUUAUGACCGAAUUAGUCCUUCAUUCCACGAAUAUACCUCGUGAAUCUGCGUUUCGUUUCCUCGAUUUUUUUUCAACUCCUCGACUACGCCGAAACACAUUGGUAUUGUUCUCACUAUGGACCUUGGGAUCCCUUGUGUACUACAAUAUCGUACUGGCGUCCACUGCUGUACCAGGUAAUCCCUACGUCAACUACGCACUGUCCGCCUUUGCUGAAAUACCUGCAGCCCUUGUGGGGCUCUAUAUUGCACGUCGGUGGCCAAGAAGGAAAUCGCAGUGCACGGCCCUGUUCUUGGCGGGGUUGGCGGCAAUUCCACGCCCCUUCCUUCCAAGAGGCUCUUCUAUUUGGUUGAACAUCUCUUCACACAUGCUCAUCCGGUUCUUUAUCCUGAGUUCGGGCUUCAUCAAGUGGAUCAUGGUACUCGAGGUGUUCCCGACAACCGCAAGGAGCUUCGGUUUCGCCUGUUGCCUUACUUGCAGCCGCUUCGGCGGAAUGGUGGCACCUUUUCUGAAAGAUCUGGGAGACGUCACACAAUACUGGGUGCCACACGUGUUCGUCGCGGCCAGCUGCUUCUUCAUGGCCGGCACGACCCUACUGCUUCCCGAGACGCUCAACAAGCCAUUACCGGACACCUUUUACGAAGCAGACAAGAUGGACAGAAAGAAAGCUCCCAAGCCUGCCAAAAAUAUGCCUGUUUAACGCCGUCGUCAGCAACUGGAAGCAAUCAUCGACAUGCCACUUUUCAGACGCCCGUUUUCCCAUCAGUUCACGAAAUAAAACAACUCCAUUGGUUGUGUGUUUAAACGUAA